UGCGAAGCGCGCGGUGCUAUCGGUCCUCGACUUUUCGGCGACCGAUCCUUCCGAUCGAAGCCAGCCGCUUCGAAGAACGUGCACCGCUCUCGGACGAAGGAAACCUGGCAACGUUAGAAAGCAGCAUUAGUAUUAUCAAUAUCACUAUUAGCAUUGGUAUCGGAUAAUUACUAAUAUCGUUACACCUAGCGUCACGGACUCGUUCAACGGUUCUACUCGAAAACCAUCGGUCCCACGCUUUCCGAACGCGAUGAGCAUCCUUGAAAGUCCGACACGCGGAAGUGACACGGAGAACAGACGUUAUCGGUGACAAAGGUAGCGGUUAGCACCUGUUGCUCGUAUCAUUCGUCGGAAGAAGGGGUCCGAGAUAAAUCGGCAGUCGCGAUAGAUGUCCCGUCGGUGAAGCGCGGCUGGCACGGGGCUCACGGAACAUGGCGAACGGACGUUAGGACCAACGGCGCGGCCCUUCCUUCGGCAAAUACCGGUGUACCGAUCAUCAAACACAAAUACGGAGCUCCGAACCGGUGACGGAACGGUGUUCCCCGGGUCCCCUGGCACCUCGUCAUCCCGAUUUCCCUUAUCUUCGGCCGACGCGAGUCGCCCGCGAGGCACCGCUACGUAACAUUGUACGACACGGCGCGCGGCUGUCUAUCACGAUAGAAUAUUCGCGGCGAACGCGGGCCGGGAAAGGUUCAGUGUCCGGAUGGCGUAAAGAGGAACGGGAAUGGUCCCGAGUGUCCGGUCGGACGGAGGAUCCCCGACGGUUUCCCGAUGAACGAGCUCGGAGGAAAGUGACGAGAGAGAAAUAGGUUCGGGGAUGGCGUCAGAGUAUAGGCACGUAUUUAUCACCGUAGAUAACGCGAAAGGUGAUACAAUCCGUCCGACCAUUCGCAUAGUACUCGGCCGCACAGCAGAAAUCUUAUCAACAGAUUCGAAGCCGGGCUACGUUAAAGCGCCGUUUCAAAGGCACUCGCUAGCACGUUCCAUCGCGAUUUCGCUUCUGACAACGAUCGGCCACUGAUCCGGGAUACAGUGAGUGCGUCGCCUGGAGAACCGCGGCCGCCAUGGAGAAACGAGACGAAGACGCGUUCCUGGUGAAGUAUCGGAACCGGGCGUACGACAUACGCGAGUUCCUGCACUACCAUCCUGGCGGCAGGAAGACGCUCUGGCAUUACGAGAACAGGAGCCUGGACAAGCCCUUCGACGAGAUCUCGCACUCGAGGGCCGCCCGGCACCUGCUGGAGGACUAUACGGUGCACGAGCAGAAGUACCAGGAGCUCGAAGAUCUCAUUGAUUGGAACCAACCUAUAGUUCGUCAAGUAGGAGGCUUGGCUGACAAAUACUGGGAUUGGGUGAAUCUCCCGGUGAACCGUGACAUUCGGAUGUUCAAGUCGAACAUCUUGGAAACUUUAACGAUCACUCCGUGGUACCUGGUACCGAUUGUAUGGGUCCCGGUGGCCGUUUACUUCAUUUACAUAGGAUUCGUGACCAAUGCCGGCCAUUAUACUGGGCACAGGCUAUUCGAAAUUCUGGUCUCGUACAUGUCAGGGAUAUUGCUAUGGACCCUAUUAGAGUACGUGCUUCACCGCAAAGUUUUUCAUUUCAAACCGCCAGCCACGUCGAAGCUACUUAUCACUGCGCACUUUUUACUUCACGGGGUUCAUCACAAGGCUCCCUUCGACAACAGGAGAUUGGUUUUCCCUCCUGCGCCUGGUUUAUUGAUAGCCAAGUUGUUAUUGGACCUCUAUGAAGUAUCAUUUCCUCAGACAGUAGUUUAUUUUCUUGCAGCUGGUACUACAACAGGAUACAUAUGUUACGAUUUAAUUCAUUACUAUUUACAUCACGGCGCGCCGAGGGCCGGCAGUUACCUCUACACCAUGAAAAGGAAUCACAAUUAUCAUCAUUUCUUGCAUCACGAAUUGGGUAACAUAUCUUUCGCCUUUAAAUACGUCGAACGAGUUUCUUACUGGCUAACAAUCGGUUCCCCAGGUUUCGGUAUCAGCAGCAGGAUAUGGGAUCAUGCGCUCGGGACGACCAUUUGCUUGCGGCAAUUAACGAAACCGUUAGAAUGGUGAAACCAACGCGUCACCGUUGUUGAUAUAUUUUUACACGUUUGUAUUUAUCUGUUUCAUUGAUCUCCGUUCGUGUUUAGUAAAAAAUAUUUUAAGUACAGAAGAGGAACAAAAGAUGCAUAAGUUGAGCACUCAAGCAAGUCAAUAUUUUAAGUACAUGUUAAGUUAUCACUUGUACGCUUAGUUUUUUGUCGUACAAUGUACUGAACAAAAGGGACCAAUGUCAAUGACAAGAAGAAGAUUACCAUUGACAUAGGUAGGCUCAAAUUGUUGAUAAUAAAUAAAUAUAAUUAAGGUGCUUCCACUUUCACGUUCUUUCUACCCAUACUCAGCUGGGGGAAAGUACUCUUAUUCGUGGGAGGAUUCAGUCUGGAAGAUAGAUGAACGAAUGCUUCGAACAAGCUAGGUCUGUCCAUAACAUUUAAUUCAUAAUGUUUAAGUUUCUCUCUAGUGCACCAAUUUGCUGCUUUGCUAGCCGUAUUCUCUAAACUCUGGGAAUCUUCUUCGGCUUUGGUUCGAUUACCCACAACGAUUACAGUUAUCUCUUUUUUAUCCUUAUUACGGUCAAUGUCCUUUUUCAAUGGAAAGAGCACAUCCAAGGAUUCGGGUUUCGCAGUAUCGUAUACGAGGACAUAACCAUCCGCAAAACCAAGGUAAUGCCGUGGCAGUUGCUGAUUGUUUGCAUUAUUCUGCAGAGAUUCUAAUCCAGCUGUGUCAUAAAAGCGUACUUUUUCUUUAGUACCGCGAUCGGUUUCUAUAUUAGCAAUGUAUAUGUCCUCAAUUGUUGGAUGAAUUUCCUGUUGUAUCAUAAAGAUUAAUUCGUAUGAAGAACGUACGUAGCAUAACGUAAAUUUUAUACGUAAUAGCAAGGUAAAUAUAGUUCUAAAGGUUGUUAUGUAUUAAUAACAUAUAUAUGCGCUUUCUUGUCAAACGAUUUUAAAUGAACAUAACCUUAAUUCUUACUGUUUUAGUGUUGAUGCUUCCGUAAAUAAGCUGUUCUAAUAAAGCUGUUUUCCCUACGCCUUUCAUUCCACAAACAACUACUUUCGUUGUUUUCCCCAUAUUUGAGUCUUGUAUUCUAAUGACGCUACUUAUUGUUUACUUUAAACAGAAAUUCAAGAUACUGGGAACCCCCGUACCAUUUCGAUAUCGUGCUCGUCGUUAUCGACAAUUCAUGACUUAGAUUCAGCAAGAAUCGAAAUUCUGCGUAUUGUACUUUUAGCGCGAGCAUUUGAUGUGACUUGCGGAUAAAAAUUGUAGUAAACAAUUACGUCUGUUACUUACUCCGAAAUAGAUACAAUUUCAAUACAUACUCGUUUUAAAGUAAAUGUUAAAAGUGACAUCAGUGACCUGAAAAUGGCUAAUGCGUUUUUAGGAAGAAAAAACUUGACAUUAUUUUUUAGUUACUACUGUAUGUAUUUACUUACAUGUCAUUUAGUUUAUUUAAUUUAAAAAUUCUCUUGGUCAUUUAUAAAUAUAUAAUUUAGUAACAUACAUUUCUCACUACUCUUGUAACUGUAUAGAAUGUACAUGUUUAUUGCAUUUCAUCUUAAUAUCUGUGUAGACUGAUAAUAACAUAAAAACAUCUAAAAGAAAACCUAAAUUGGAAUGAUUCGAGCAAAGCUGUUAUCAACAAUUAUAACAAAUGGUAUUGUAUCAAUGAAUGUAACAGAGAAUGG